GCAACGAUCAUGAACGCCGCUGAAACGACACGUUGACACGUUGGAUGAGUUUUUUUCGUUUGGAAGAAGUAUUGGGGUUUUUUUGGCUGGUGGAGCAGGGUCCCGCUGGAUUUCAGGUCUUCCUCAUGGACGGGCGCAUUGGCUUGAAAAACUUGGAUGUAAAAGACAAGUAACUGGAUACGUCUUCUCCGUUAAUGACGCGUAGUCCGUGAAGGCCCUUAUCUGGGCUGAGGCCCCUGGUAGCUGAUGGAAGUCUUCAGAGAGCAUGCUUACAACGAGAGCCUCCUCGACACUGGCUUCUUCAGCCCCAACGGUACACGUGGGGCCGGGAGGCACCAGUAUAAUUACUACGCCAUGCUGCUCACGCUUCUCAUCUUCGUCAUCGUCUUUGGCAACGUGCUCGUGUGCAUGGUUGUGUCCCGGGAGAAGGCUCUGCAGACCACCACCAACUACCUGAUCGUCAGCCUGGCGCUAGCUGACCUGCUGGUAGCCUCACUGGUCAUGCCGUGGGUGGUGUAUCUAGAGGUGGUGGGUGAAUGGAGGUUUAGCACAAUUCACUGUGACAUCUUUGUCACCCUUGAUGUGAUGAUGUGCACAGCAAGCAUCCUUAAUCUGUGUGCCAUUAGUAUUGACAGGUACACAGCGGUUGCCAUGCCAAUGCUGUACAAUACACGCUACAGCUCCAAGAGACGAGUCACACUCAUGAUCUCAGUGGUGUGGAUCCUGUCUUUCGCCAUUUCAUGCCCCCUGCUGUUUGGUCUCAAUAAUACAGAGAGCCGCGACGACACCAUGUGCGUGAUUGCGAACCCAGCCUUCGUCGUCUACUCCUCCAUCGUGUCCUUCUACGUGCCCUUCAUCAUCACCCUGCUCGUGUACGUGCAGAUCUACGUCGUGCUGCGCAAGAGGCGGAAACGCGUCAGCACCAAACGCACAUGCCUGGGUUCCUCAGCCGAGGCAGGCACGACCUUGAAGAAAGGCGCUCAUCCUGAUGAGGUCAAGCUGUGCACUCUCAUUGUCCAGUCCAGUGGGAGCUACCCGGUUAAUAACAAAAAUGUGACUUUCAUAAAGGAGGUGACAAACAAUGGAGAUGUCGACCAAGCAGACGAAGUUAUGAACCCGGCUCCACCAAACCAGAGCACACUGGAGCAGACGGACUGCAGCCAGCACGGCCUGCCCCUCGACUCGAACCACGAGCCGGACGUGCCGCUCCCUGGUCCUGAGGCCUCGCUCAGACUAGCCAGGAAUGGCAGCACUUUCCACACAUCCAAGGUGGCUAAAGCAUUCGAAACCCAGGUCUCCCCAAGUGGCAAAGCACAGUUGUCUGUGAAAUCACUCAAUAAACGCAAGAUCUCUCAGCAGAAGGAGAAGAAAGCUACGCAGAUGCUGGCAAUCGUGCUCGGUGUAUUUAUCAUAUGUUGGCUGCCGUUCUUCAUCACCCACAUAGUCAACACUUACUGCCACGUCCCAGUUGAGCUGUACACGGCCUUCACCUGGCUCGGCUACGUCAACAGUGCGGUGAACCCCAUCAUAUAUACCACCUUCAACAUCGAGUUUCGCAAGGCUUUUAUUAAGAUCCUGCGUUGCUGAAAGAGCAGACUCACAUUAGGAAAGAAGUGCAACUCAUCUGUUCCAGAGGCGUGUUUCUAGCUCUCAGAAGAAAAACAACAGAACUGCAGCUCUGGUCGAUUUCUGCAGAAGAUCACUGAACUAUAUGAAUGUACAUAAAGUGAUGUAUGUAUUAUAACAUCAGGCUAUUUUUCCAGUCUUAUCGCACAACAAAUUGAUUACUGAAUGAUUGCUUUUAGUCUCUCAAUAAAAGCUCAGCAGUAUUACUUUUCCUUCUUAAUUAAGCAAUCAGGCAAAAAUAAAAUCCAUUUAAAUUAUAAUAUAGCCGUUUUCAUCUUGGUGAUAAGUGUCAUAAGUGUAGCAAGUUUUAAAAAAGUUACAAAAACAUCUUGUACAGCCUUGUGUAAAGAUAGACAUUUUUGCCUUAAAAGCAAAUUUACUCAAGUUUAAAACUUUUUUUCAUAAACCUACAGUAUGACAUGGGUCUAUAAAAAAAGCAUUAUGCACAAGAGUUAAACAUGUAUUUUAAAAAAGUGAAAUAAUGCAGGGAUAUCAUGGUCCUCGUAUACAUGGUAGCACUGACCAUUCCUGUUCAACCAUCGCUACAGAGACACGUUCUGCUGCUGUAAGCUCAAAGAAGCCAAACAGAUUUGAGACUUUCGAGACCUUAUAAUUCAUUGCAAAAGUCACAUCCAACACAGCAAGAGUUGGUACUGAUGACCUAGUGGGUACUGAUGACCCAGUAGGUACUGAUGACCUAGUGGGUACUGAUGACCCAGUAGGUACUGAUGACCUAGUGGGUACUGAUGACCCAGUGGGUACUGAUGACCUAGUGGGUACUGAUGACCCAGUGGGUACUGAUGACCUAGUGGGUACUGAUGACCUAGUGGGUACUGAUGACUCAGUGCAGCAAAAGCAUGUCAAAUGACUGUGACAAAUGACUGUGAAUAUUCAUCCAGUACUGCUCAUAUGAACUGUUCAUGUUUUGUAAUGAUUUGCACGAUGUGCCCAUGCUUUUGGUGAUAUCUUUUGAAUGUGAUAAGCCUAUUUUACAGUGUAGUGCAUGAUAUGUUCAUUCCAUGUUGCACUAUGCCAGAAGCUUUUAAAAAAAAGUGAAAAUAAAAACAAAAUGUAAUGAUGAA